AUGUGUCUGGUCAAAGUCAAGCAGGAGGAAGACGUCGUAGUUCCCUACCGGGUCGUCCAGCGCACCUACUCACCACCACGCCGACGGGCCUCACAUGCCUCUGCACGUCGCUACUCCCGCACCACCGAGAUCGUGCGCGAAUCUCCACGACCCUCGGGCUCGUACAUCGCGGUGCCCACACCAAAGCCGCUCCAGAUUCCCGCGCCGCAGCCUGUGCCAGUGUUUGUCCAGCCACCGCCGGCGUCUAUGCCGCCAGCACCUCCGCCUCCGCCCAGUCACAUCUCGAGUCACCAUACCAGCCAUCACGGCGGCGCUCACUACGUCGAGGUGUCGCCUCGCAGCUCCGUGACGAGCGAGUCGUCCAGUCUGGGGCGCAGCGAUUACGUAUACCGAGAAAGAGAAGUCCACCGCGAGAGGCAGUAUAGUCCAGAUCGAACUCCGCGCUAUGAGCACUUCAGAUACGUAGAGCCGGCUUCUUCCGAGUCAGACUACUACCAUCAUCACGACAGGAGCAGGCACAGGAGUAGGUCGCGGGGCGGGUAUGAGGAUCCGAGAGGGAGUUAUAGGGAGACGAACACGCGGGUCACGGUUGUGGACGAGGACAGCCGCCGGAGGAGGGAGUAUAGGAGAUAG